CUCAAAUUAUCCAAGCAUCAAAACCAUGGCUGAACACCCGUCCUUCACUCUGGCUUGCCUGCUGCCGGUGGGUGGCAUCGCCGGCUACAUGCGGACGCGUUCCGCUCCGUCCCUGAUCGCCGGUGUCGGCCUGGGUCUCUCCUACGCUUACGCAGGCUACCUGAUCAAAGAGAACAAGGACUACGGCACGGAAUUGGCCCUGGGAAACAGUGUGGUCCUCCUCGUCUCCGGUCUCAUGCGGACGAUCAAGACCCGCGCUAAGGCUCCUAUUCCCAUGGCUUUGGGUGCGACGGGUCUGUUGGCAUCUUUCUACUAUCAGAAGAAGGUGCGUGAGUUUAGGUUCGGCGUGUAAGAUAUCCGAUUGGCCUCGAUGGACAGCUCGAAUGAGUGCUAGCGAUAGCAUUAAAAUGUACCAUACCAUGUGUCC